CAUCACUAACAAACGUCAAAAAAAAAACAAUCGUUAUUUUGUCUGUGGUACAAAACACCUGCGAAAAUAUUUUUGUCGUUGCUGUGUGUCGCAAAAAGGAAGAAAAUUAUUUAUUUGCAAUCAUGAACGUGCGCGAAGAAGACCGUCAGAAGAACAGCUGCCCAAGCCGCGGUCUCGGGCUGGCGGCCGCGGCGAUAGGCGUCGGUGUUGGGGCCGCUUUGUACUACUUCUUCAGCAAGCGGCCAGAGAACCCUGAUGGUGAAGGUUCCACCACCAGCGGAUGGACGUGCGAGCAACCUCACGCCUUCAGUAGCGAUCAAAUGUCCGAACUCACCGAACAUGAUGACUCGUACAUCACCAUAUCCGAGAACAGCACUAGCGAUACAAGCAUCCACGAUUCAAACACAGACUCCGAAGACUCAGAGGAAGAAUGGGUACCUGACAGUUCAAAUGAAGAAUCAAGCGAGGCCAGUACAUUUGGUUCCAGUGCUGUAUCGUCAGAAUAUUCUAUUGACGAUUCCGUCACAGAAUUUGACGCAUAUACUUCUCAAGAAUCUGUGGGAAAUUUUGAAAGCAGUCAAAACAGCGAUAUCUAUGAUACAACAGAUUAUUUGAGAAUGCCGCAGUUAUUCUCAGAUUCUGAUACUAUGGACUGGGACGUUACCACUUCGUCAAUUGACGUGCCUGUGUUUGAAUUUCCACGGAGUCCUGUGUCUGGAUUUAAUAUAAUACAGGCUGCUAGAAAUUUGAUGAGCAAAGAGGAGGAAUCCCUUAGGCAGCAAGCUUUGUAUGAGGAGGCACAAAUUAAAAUGCUAAGGGAAGAGGCAUACCGCGAGCGCUCGUGGUCCCUCGAAGAGUGUUCCAUCUGCUUCGACAUAAUACUGAAGGAUCAGCAGGUGACGACCCUGCCGUGCACGCACCACUUCCACGCGGCAUGCAUCGCGCCCUGGCUGCAGGAGCAGCAGACGUGCCCCAACUGCCGGAAGGCGGCCGAAUGAUAAGGAACCAAAGACAUCAAACUAGUGGAGGCUAGCCUACCCUGGAGGAAGCAGUCUUAGAGGACAUCUAGAAGAACCAACAAGACCAAAACUACCGUCUUAAGCGUCAGCAAGUUUUUAUCAUCAUUCAAGAUAAGGCAAAAACGUUGAAAGGUAAUAUGUGUACAGCCAGCGUCAAAUAGUUCGCGACACCAACCGCCUCUGUGGUCUAGUGGUAAGACUACCUCAGACGCAGAGGUCCCGAGUUCGAUUCCCAGUGGGGGCAGAUUUUUUUCUGUUCGGUUUGGUUGGUGAUAGGGCUUGUUCUAAGUCCGCCUGGCUAGCUACCACCAUCUUACCUAAGUCUGUCGCCAUAACAACAAUGUUAACAGCAUUGUUGUGUGUUCCGGCAGUUAGUGGUAAGAUAGCCAGUUCCUCCGUGGUUGAGGAUUCCGGGUGAAGCUCGCUUCCACCUUCGGCCUGAUCAUCACUUACCAUCAGGUGAGAUACAGGUCAAGAGCUUCCUCGUUGUGGAUAAAAAAACACCCAAAGUAGCCAAUAAGACACGUCUGUGUGUUACAAUUGGAAUAAGGUUGUGUGUCAACUUUUUGGUCACUUUGGGUGUCACGAACUGUUUGACAGUGACUUUACUAUAUCGCCACUACCUGUUAAGAUUUCUGCCAGCCAAGCCGCCAUGAUAAAUUUUUAUCAAUGAUUUUAUACGACAAAUGUAUAGGCUUUUCGUGCAACGUCGAUAAAAUGUCUCGCCCAUUAAAUGAUUUUAGAUGUUCUUUAAGACAACCGUAGCCUCUAAUGUGAUUGUAAAUAUUUUUAACUAUCACUGAUAUUUAAAAGGUAAGAUUUUUUUUGUCGUUUUGGUGUUUUGCUUUAGUAACUUAACGUUUUGCAUGUCCAUUGUUUUUAACGUUCGAUAUUGUUAAAGCAAAGCAAUAUUUUCUCUAAACUUGUUAAUAGGUAUUAAUUUAAAGCUUAACUAAGUCUGUGUGAGAUGUGGGAGCGGCGCAGGAAUGUCUUUGGGACGUCAAACGUAGUGUUGAAUUUGACUGACCGUCAUUUACGGUCAAAUUGGUCAAAAACAAGUCAUAAACUGUCAAAAACGGUCAGUUUCGGUCAAUUUGAUUUCAGAAAUAGUUUAGAAGUUUUAUAGUAUUUUCUUAGAUUUUGUGAUUGAUAAAAGUCUACAACAUCUUAAUUGAAAUAAAAAAGUGAUUUGUAAUUAUUUAUUAUAGAAAAACAUUUUACAGUGAGUCUACCUACAACUUCUAAAUUGAAACUAUAAGUGUUUUGUAAUGAUUUAUUGUGCUCUCUUUCUUUCCCUACGCAAUUUAUUAUAAAUUAACGUUCCUUCAUUUAAAAUUGCAUAUAAAUUGGUUACCUAAAUAAAUAAAUUAAUCGGUAGUACAGUAAUAUUGAGUCAAAUUGACUGAAUUUGACCAGUAUUUGACCAUAGUGACCGGUCAGAUUCAGUCAAUUUACAUCUCUAGUCAAACGUCAGCGAGUCUUCUGACGUCACGUCACAUAUCAAUGUCACCCAUCCCUAGCCGCUCCCACCUCAGGCACUCUCUCAGUGAAGCGUAGACCUAUUGUAGCGGUCUUCCCUCGAGACUCAAAUUAGUUAGUGUCUUAAUUAGACACAACGCCUAAAUAUAAAUUCAGAUCUGUGAUUUAUCGUAAAUCACCCUUUAAAAUGUUUGUACUAAUUUUAAAAAUGCGUUUGUACUAAUUUUAAAAAUGCGUUUUAAAGUUUAGUGAUAGAUAUGUAAGCUGGUCUUAUUGUUGUUGCAGUCACUUAUAACUCAUAUUUUUUAGUCAAAACCACUUUUGACUGGAAUAAUCAGUCAAAAGUUAUAUUGACCAAGAGCAUCAAUUAAAACCACUUUUGACUGAUUUCUGCAGUCAAAAGUGGUUUUGACCGAUUAUAAGUUUUGACUGUAACAUUGUCACUACUUUAAAAUAAAAAGGUAUAAAUAUUUAGACCAAUCACAGAUCAGAAUCUGAUUAAAAUAUAAUCUAGUUUUGAGCGUUGUUUUGUAAUACAUACGUACUUCAAUGCCGGUUUUCGCCAUAAAUCUCAAAUUUUUAAGUGAUCCCUAUGGUAACACAACAGGAAUUUUGUUUUCAUAGGGGUCACUUAAAAAUUAGGGAUUGACGGUGAAAACGGGCAUAAGACUGCAGACUUUUAGUCGGUCUAUAGUUUGGUUAGCUUUCAAAUUAUUUGUAUGAUGAAUCGGCCGAUACCAAAUCUGUGUAAUGUGCGGUCUUCAAUACAUGUUCAUAAAUUUAAUAUUCCUUCGGAUUAGAGCUACAACCACGAGCUGUUAAACGAAACACAUUUUGGAUGACACUGGAUAUCAUUUGUGUGUCAGUGUUAGGAUGAUUUCACUGUUUUGUACAAUAAAUCCUAAAGCACGUUUCUGAAGCACUAUUUCUAAUAAAAAUCCACGAUUUCACUCACGUAAAAUCUGAAAAUAUCUCAAGAGUUCAAAUUUUCAGCGUGCCAAUAAGUGCCUCCGAACUGUCAAAUAGUUUCAAAAAACGGUUCUGUUUGACGUGACGACGACGGCAUCAUACAUCUCUUUUAUCACACAGUGUUGCUGCUAGUGACAUCUCGCUCGCUCAGUUCUUUGUUGCUCUAUUCCGCUAGGUAUAUUAAUUUUAUGAGCCCGAACAAACUAUCGCUCGACAAAAUCUGAAGCUUGCGAUGGGUCUUUCAUAGUCAUAUCAAUAUUAUAAUUAUGUACUUUAAAAUAAAUUGUGACACGUGGUUCGACAUAAAAUAGUGAAAUAUGUUAUUGCACAAAAUGGCUUCCAUAGAACUUCGAAGUAGUAAAAUUGUUGAAACGUUAUUUCUGAUAUUAGAUCUCAUGGAAUUUCAAUAAAAUAAGUAGUUUCAGAGAAAUACAUGUAAAAAUGCUAUUCAUAUUUUUUUAUUCAUUAGUUUGUAUGUACUAGAUUUAAAAAACUUGUUAAAUUUUUGGCACUAAUGACUAAAAUACUCGUUUUGAAAACACUAAUACGACUUUAAUAUAACUAGUCAAUUAGUUGGUUAUUAUGACAAUAGCACUAGAUAGUUCCUGGAGUUGCUUCUAGCAAUAUUGGUCAAUGAUUUUCACGUUUUCUUUAUACGAAGUAGGUAAAAUCUAGACCAAGUGUUGUUUUGACCUAUAAAUUGAAUCUAUGAAGAAGCAGUGUGACUGCAAAAUGUUAAAAAAACAUGCUUUUUUAGUUUCACAAUGAUUUUGUUAGUAGAAAUGUUAUUGUUAUUUCUUGACAAGCCACGGCGAGAAAAAUAUGUAACUGACAAAAAAUAUGUAAAAACAAAAUGGAAAAAAUAAAGCACUUAUUUUUUUAGAACUGUAAAUGACACACUAAGCUGGUUUGGCAACAUUAUUCAAAUGAAUUGUUAAAAAUGUAUUAAAAAAUAAAAAAAUGUUUAAUUUUUAAUAGAAAUUGUUAUAUUAUUAUUAUGAAGUCGGAAAUGUGAUAUAUUUUAAUGUAGGUUAUUCUUCAGCAUAUUGAUAUUGUUAGUUGUAGCGUUUUUAAUAAAUUAAUGAUUAAAAAUA